AUGACCCUUGCAUGUGCCCACCCAUGUGACCCCUCAUGCCAUUCGCCCCCCCAUGUGCCCCCCAUGCGCCAUGUGGCCCCAUGUGCCCCCCAUGCCAUGCGCGUGCGCCCCCCCUGUGUGGCCCCCGUGUGGCCCUCCAUGUGGCCCCCGUGUGGCCCUCCAUGUGGCCCCCGUGUGCCCCCCCAUCACACACCCCCUCACGGAUCCCCGCUGUGCGCUGUGCACUUGCUUGCUGCAGCUGCUGCAUGCGUCCCCCAUGCCACCAUCACCCCAUGCCACCAUCACCCCAUGCCACCAUCACCCCAUGCCACCAUCACCCCAUGCCACCAUCACCCCAUGCCUCCAUCACCCCAUGCCACCAUCACCCCAUGCCACCAUCACCCCAUGCCACCAUCACCCCAUGCCUCCAUCACCCCAUGCCACCAUCACCCCAUGCCACCAUCACCCCAUGCCACCAUCUCCCUAUGCCACCAUCACCCCAUGCCACCAUCUCCCCAUGCCACCAUCACCCCAUGCCACCAUCACCCCAUGCCACCAUCUCCCCAUGCCACCAUCAACCCAUGCCACCAUCACCCCAUGCCACCAUCACCCCAUGCCACCAUCACCCCAUGCCACCCUGUCCCCACCCACUCAUCUCCGCUCCACCUCAUUCCACUCCGCUCCGCCCAUCCCAACCCACGCACACGUGCGUGCAUGAUGCAUCAGGCGCUGGAGGGGCUGGCGGUGGUGUUUGGGGGGGUGCAGGAGGACCCAUGGGUGGUGAACAGCAGCCUCACUCAGAGGAGCUUCGCCAACUACAUCUUGCGCACGCAGCCCGCCCGCCCCUGGGUGCACUCCGUCGCCUACAUUUGCCUUGUCAACGGCCCCGACAGUUAUGUCCUCUUCUUGACUUGA